AGGCAGGACAUUCAAUGUCUGUCGCUCAUUUCAGAUCCAACAACUUCUGAGUUUAACAUUUUCAGGAGACGUAUAGCGGGCCACACAACAAGUAGCCUACAGUAUGCUGCCUUCAUUCUCAGUGGAAACUUGGAGUCUCCUAGUUUUAUUUGUUACACUCUUACUAAUUUAUGGAACCUGGCCUUAUGGAUAUUUCAAAAACCUGGGUAUUCCUGGACCUCGACCGUGGCCAUUCCUGGGGUCCUUGGGAGCAAUGAUGACACAAGGAUUUAUCAAAUUUGAUGAAGAGUGUUUCCAAAAAUAUGGAAAAAUGUGGGGGAUUUUUGAGGGCAGAAGUCCAAUGUUGUUGGUGUUGGACACUGGGGUCAUAAAGACGAUUAUGGUCAAGGAGUGUCACACUGCCUUCACCAACAGAAGGAAAGACACAACUGGAGUAGGCCUAUUCACGGAUGCAAUAAGUUUUGCUGAGGACGAGAAGUGGAAGAGAAUCCGGAACUCCCUCUCUCCAACUUUCACAAGUGGACGAAUGAAAGAGAUCUUUCCCAUAGCUAGAAGAUAUGCAGACAGUUUAAUAGAAUAUAUGAAAAAACAAAACUUAAAGGAGUCAAUUAACAUAAAAGACUUGUUUGGUUUAUACAAUAUGGAUGUUCUGACUAGUACUUCAUUCAGUGUGGAGACUGAUUCCAUCAACAACCCAAAUGAUCCAUUUAUUGCCAAUGUAAAGAAAUUGAUGAAUUUCAAUCCUUUCAAUCCAGCCUUUCUCAUUGGAAUUUUGUUUCCUUCACUGGUUCCUCUUUUGAACAAAUUAGGCCUAAGCCUGUUUUCACCAGCUCUCAUUGAUUAUUUCUCCAGUUCUAUUAAGAAGAUUAAAGAGCAGCACCAACCCAAUGAAAAUAGGAGAGCAGACUUCCUGCAACUCAUGAUGCACUCUCAAAUCUCAAAUGAGGAAGCUGAGGAAAGCAGCAAAGAUCUACCUGUUAAAGGACUGACAGAAAAUGAAAUCCUCUCCCAGUCAUUCAUAUUCAUCAUCGCUGGAUACGAAACAAUGAGCACCACUCUCACUUCUGUUGCCUACCAUAUUGCAACGAAUCCAGAUGUUCUUAGCAAGGUUGUGGAGGAGAUUGACUCAGUGUUUCCAAACAAUGCACCUGUCACGUAUGAAAAAGUGAUGAAUUUGGAGUAUCUGGACAUGGUCAUCUGUGAGUGCUUGCGAGUUUGGGCACCUGCUCCACGUCUAGAGAGGAUGUGCAAACAGACAGUGGUGAUAAAUGGAGUCACAAUCCCUAAAGGCACUCUCGUUGCUGUUCCUGUGUCUUUAUUACACUAUGACCCAGAGCUGUGGACGUCCCCUGAGGCUUUCAACCCAGAAAGGUUCAGCAAAGAGAAUAAGGAGAGCAUUGAUCCAUAUGCUUACCUUCCCUUUGGGAUUGGACCUCGCAAUUGCAUUGGGAUGAGAUUUGCUCUUAUGUCGAUGAAAUUGAUUAUUGUACAGCUGCUCCAAAACUUCAGCCUGGAGACAUGCAAAGAGACUGUGAUACCAAUGGAACUUGAUUUGCUUUAUCGGCCAAAAAAGCCUAUAAUGCUAAAGUUUGUACCAAGAUCUGAUUUCAGUGCUAAAGAAUGAUCAAAAGAGGCUAAAUAUUACAUAGAAUAACACUUAUCUUCUUCACCAAAUACCUGAAAAAGGCACUAUUUGUUCUUCUGCUAUCACUGCUAAAUCAUAUUUAUAAUCAUAUUGUAUUUUCAUUUGCCUAUGAAUAUGAUGUGCAUUGUGCAUUUUGUAAUUUCUCAUUCAUCAUUAAUCUGACAAACAAACAAACAAAAACAGAAAAGAUGCUACAGUAAAACCAUAAGUGGCCGCCCCUUAGAGGUGACUGGAAUGGAAUGAACCUAAAUUCCCUGUGGAGGUUUUUUAAGUGAGCGGCAUGCUUUUGAUAACUAUUCAGGAUAAGGAGAACAGUAAUUCUUGUGUUACUGGAACUUUUUGUAUUGGUCGAUGCAAGUACAUAAUGAUGAGUUUAAUUCUAUGAAUCAUAGUUAUGGUAUUUAGCAGGCGCUAUUAAACAUACUAUUAAUAGUAAUACAGUAAUUUGUACUGUAUUAACCGCAUUGUGUAUAAACCACCAGAAAGUGUAUGCAAAUAAAACCAUGUAUUAACCGCA